ACUAUUUACAACCACAACAUUAUCUCACCAACAUAUACUGUGUGGCUUCAAUUUGGCACUAAACUUCAAGUAUUGGAUAUGUUGUCUAUUCACAUAAUGUCCUAACCCCACUUAGUUUUCUGUUCUGUUCAUAAAAAAAGUUCCAUCCACAUAAUUUUCAUAGUUUUGCCUUUAACAAAAAAAAAUACGUAUCAUUUUCGUCAACAAUCAUAACAUUCAAAAACCAAAGUACACUUCAAACUUGCAUUAAUGGCUUCCACCAUAUGUUCUUCAAUGAAAUUGGAGUUUCAACAAAUUCCCGCCAAAUUUUGUAUUUGAAUUUGGGAUAGCCGGUUGAUAUACAUAGAUUAUGCACUGAUUCUACAUCUGGCGGUUAUAAUUAGUUUAAGUGUUUUUUCUAUGGAGAGAAUUUCACAAAAGGAACAUAUUUUAGUUGAUUAUGGUCCACAAAGAUCAUUUGAGGGUUCACCAAGUGAUAUGGACAUGGAUUUUAACGAUGUUUUCGGAGGUCCACCGAGGCGAUUUUCAGUACAAGAAGCAAGAACAAGGCACAGUUUCAAUGAUUCAGUAGAAUCUGAAGAGGAUUCAGCAGGUGUAUCGCGAAAUUCGUGGAAUGGAUUCAAUGAAAAGCCAGUUUUCGGGGAAGAAAAUGCUAACAGGAGGCGAAAUCAAGGUGGUGAUUUCUAUGAUGAUAUAUUUAAAGUUGAGGAAAAAUCUUACAGUUCAAGCCCUGUUCGACCUUUGUCACCAAAAAUUGAAGCUUUUGGUACUUCACUCCCAGCUCAAUUCAGCCUUCCUGCCAAGUUGACGAAAGCCACAGAUCUUCCCACAUUUGCUUCGGGAAGUCAUAGUCCACACAAGAAGCGAGAAAAAGAGAUGAAAAAUGAUGCUCCUGUAUUCUAUCGACAAAGUCCAUUAUCACGUGAAGGUACUGUUAUUGGUGAUGAUUUAAGAUCUAUGUCUGAAUCCGAUGAACGAGAUAUAGGAGGGCAUCUAAAGAAGAGCGGAGAAAACAUGGAAGAUUCGAGUAGUGAAUAUCAAUUUCAUUUCUCCAUAUACAAGUGGGCAGGCAAAGGAGUUCCUAUGCUUGUGUCACUGAAGGGAGGGAAACAUUUCAAGUCUAAAGAGAAGAUAAAAUUUGAAAAAUGUCCUAGCUCCAAUGCAAGGAUGGAGAAAGACAACACGGAUACCAGCUCGCCAUUAGGUAGAAACGUCAACUUCUCCAGGGAUGCAAAUUUUCACUCCUUAAGUACGAGAAGUAAGAAACCUGAGAGCAGUGACAAGGCAAAUGGUAUUGUUGGGGAAACUCUCGGCAUUCCAAAGUCAAAAUCUGUUCAGAGUUUUAAAGAUGAUGUUGGAAUCCAGAUAGAAAUUACAAAGAACUCGGAAGAAACCAAGAAACAAGAGCUGAAGCCUCUACGUGCAUUUUUAGUUGAUGUGGCUGAUGAAAAAGGCGACAUUAAGAUGGCACAAGAAACAGAAAGGAAGAGUAACACAGUCAAAGCUACGCAAGCAGCAAAAACAAAUGUUAAAGUAAAGGAAAAUGUGAAGAAAAUUGAUGAUGAGGCUGAUAAGAAGUUGAAGAAAGAUGAUGUUGAAGUUAGCGAAAACACACAAAAAAGAGAUUCACAAGCUAAGAGAAAAGGGAAGAGAGGUUCUGAUAAAAAAACUGUAGUAGAUACAGGAGAAAACAGAAGUAGUCAGCCAAGUUCUCCCAUAAGAUCAGCCGAGAAUUCUACUAAAGCUGGAAUUAAAGGAAAGGUUCAAGACUUUGUAAAGAUGUUCAACCACGAGGUUCAUUCAACUCCCCAAGAAGGCGAUAGUAGAAGUAAAAGCUUUAAAUGGAAAGCUAGCAGCAAUAGUGGAGUUGAAAGUGAAAAGAGUUAUAGCAUGCCAAAAGCAAAUGAGAAAGUUCAGUUGCCCACGAUUAACAAGACGCAAGAUGCAGCCCCUAAUGUAGACAAAAAUCUUAACAAGCAGGAGAAAACAACUAAAUAUUCCCAAAGGAAAACAGAGAUUCCUCGGACUAAAGACUAUUCAGAUCAAAAGGCCGCUCCAUCAAUUAAUGAGUCAAGACGAGAUGAUCGAAAAGUCUCAGUUGGAAGCAUGGAUGAUCUCUUUGGUGGAAAUUAUGUGGUGGAAGAAUUAUUUGAAGAUCAGGACACAGCUUCACAAACUAAUGGAAAAUCUGAGGACAGCCAAGCUUCAGAUGCUAAAAUUAAGCAAUGGUCACAAGGGAGGAAAGGAAAUAUUCGUUCAUUGCUCUCAACAUUACAAUUAGUUUUAUGGCCCGAGAGCGGAUGGAAGCCUGUGGCCUUAAUGGAUUUAAUGGAAGGAAAUCAAGUGAAGAGAGCAUAUCAGAGAGCGUUACUCUACAUACAUCCAGAUAAGCUCCAACAAAAGGGAGCUGCUGCUCACCAGAAAUACAUUGCAGAAAAAGUUUUUGAUAUUCUGCAGGAAGCUUGGGAUCAUUUCAACUUACUUGCUCCUAUGUAACACUCACAUAUGCAAUGUGGUAUCCGAGGAGGCGCGGAAACGAAAAAACUCUAUUCAUCUGUGUACAUACCAGGCAAAUAUGUCAUACAUAUCCACUCCAUACAACAUACCAAAAUCUGGUUUUUCUAUACUUAAACAUAGAAGACAGACUUUUAUCAAAGUUCAUAUAUUCUUUUUUC